CUGUGAACAAGUUAGAAGUGCACCUGCACCGUAAGGAAUAGUGUUGUUGUGGGAGGCGAUGGGUCAUCCAGGAAAGAGCCUGUCUGACCAAGAUUUAAUUGGAAUAUAUGCAUUCAGUAAACAUGAAUAAAUUCAGCAUAAAGUAUUAAAGAAUAACAUAUGUAUCUUUAAUCAAAGAUGUAUACGUCUUGUCAAACAUAGAAGCUUUGAAUGUGGAGUUCCAUGCCUGAAGACUAGGAAAAAAAUAUUUCAGCAAUCCUUUUGAUUAGAACACAAAUAAGCUUUUAGAAAAGAUAAAGAAUUAUUUAUUUCUGUUGCUUCAAUUUUGUAGGCACUGUUUUUUUCUAGAGGAAUUUAUAGACAUGCAAAGUAUAUAUAUAUAUAGUUAUCCAAUAUUUAUCAGUGUUAUCGGGGUAGAUACUACACAUCGAUUAUCAGUGAGCGGCCUAUAUCAGGAUGUUUGUCAUUGUUAGAUUACACUACGAAAUAUGUAGUUCCAGCGAUAGACAACUCUGUCUAUAUACGAAAGUUUUGCACUGUUCAUAGCUGUGUUCAUUCCUAGUUAGGAAGGUUUGGAGAUCAUAGUUGUAAUCAAUUUUUUGAAUGACAAUAUCUUGAAGAAAACUACUGUUUUGGGAUGGGUGGCUGUACCACAGCAAAGCUUUCCCUGCUCUUUGCUGUAGGCAGUGUUUUUCUUAUUGGGGGAGGGAUCAUGAUUCCAAUCAUCAAUAUUAUCAUCAGGGACAAAAUUGAAACAGCAGUUGUUAUAGCCAAUGACAGCAUGUUGUAUGACAUAUGGCAAGACCCGCCAAUACCCAUUUAUAUGCAGUUCUACAUGUUUAAUUUAACCAACCCAGAAGAGGUAAAGGAUGGAGGUGUUCCUGCUGUGCUGCAGAAGGGGCCUUAUACAUACAGGGAGAAGCGCAUUAAGUUUGACAUUGAGUGGAAUGACAAUGGAACAGUGACUUACAAGCAAAACAGGACAUUCUAUUUUGUGAGAGACAUGUCUUGUGGUGAUGAGAACACAGAUUUCUUCACAACAGCCAAUCCUGUGUUACUGUCUGUGGUGGAAUCCCUGCAGUAUGCCCCCAGUUCUUUGCACACCAUUGUGUCUGGACUUCUCAAGGUCUAUGGUGAAGACAUCUUCAUGACACGUUCUGUGAAUGAACUACUGUGGGGUUACACUGACCCAUGUCUGCACGACCUCCACAAACUGCUUCCCAAGUGGUUCUAUACAGAGCAAGCUGGCUACUUUAUUAAUAAAAAUGCAACAGAUGAUGUGUAUACAGUCUUCACAGGAGAAAAAGACAUCAGUGCUCUUGGACUAAUUGAUAUGUAUCAAGGCUCAAGGUACCUUUCAUACUGGUCAACCCCAUGGGCAAAUAUGGUAAAUGGUACAGAUGGCACCAUCUCUCCUCCAUUUGAACAAAAUUCAGAGAUACUGUAUUUGUUUUCUUCUGAUAUUUGUAGGUCUGUUUAUGGAUUUUAUAAAGACGAUGUGAAGUCUCCUCAGGGCAUUUCACUUCAUCGUUUUGUUGGCACCCCAGAGCAGCUGGCUAACGUAACCAUUAACCCUGACAAUAUUGGAUUUUGUACUCCAGAAACAAACUGUCUUCCAUCGGGCCUUCUAAACAUCAGCAACUGUCAAAUUGUGAACUCAUUUCAUAUUCCUGCUGUGGUCUCCUUUCCUCACUUCUUCAUGGCGGACCCAUCCCUGCUGGACACUGUCGAUGGUCUCAGUCCCAAUGCAGAGGAACACCAGACAGCUGUGGAUGUUGAGCCUUGGACAGGGCAAGUUCUGCAAGCCUUCAAGAGACUACAAAUCAACAUGUACAUCACCAAAGUGCCUGGCAUUAGUGAAACAUAUAAUGUGCCAUCGGUGUAUUUGCCAGUAUUUUGGUUGAAUGAGAGUGCAGUGGUGGAUGACGAAAGAGCAUCACUCCUGCAGUCCAAACUGUUCACACCUAUGGAAAUCUGCUCUGUGCUAGAGAAAGUCUUCAUGGCUGUUGGUGCUGGGAUACUCUUGAUCGUUAUUGUCAUUAUUUUGAAGAACUGUGCACAUCACCAGGCACUAACCUCUUCAACCUCUUUAGCAGGACUGAGUGGCACAGCUACGACAUGUCAAACAGAAGAGUACAGUGACCAAGAACGGACACCUCUGUUGACAGAUGGACAGCAGCAUGCAUCAUACACACCGGUAAUACUAUAUGAUCACCAAGAAUCAAUGCCUGUCCUCACAGAUGGCCAGCAGAGUGCAGACGACCUGGAGCACCACAUCAAGUCACAGGCGACUGUCAGCAGCCUGCAGUUGAUGAAUGAACAGAUGCUAAUUCUGUCAUUUAAGUUGUUUUUUUUAACAUUAUUGCUAGGUAAGCCCCCAAGAAAGCUUUGUUUUCACUUGAUAUGUGCUAUUGUAAAAUAGCAGCGAGUUUGACAAAGCCCAGAAAUUUUCAGAUAUUGCCUUACUUGAUAUUGUGAGGUGUUUUUUUUUUAACCAUUCUUUAGUUUUUCAUAUCAUCAGUUCAUUUCGCUACAAAAUAUGAAUGUACUAUGAAUAUUUGUAUAUUUUUGCAUUUAAACACAACGAAGACAAAAAUGACUUCCAGCUUUCAUAAAAUUUAUGCUCUUUUAUAUGGGCAGCAUUACUAAAAAUUGUUAUACUGCAUCACAGUGUGUAACAUUACAUUUAAAUCAUCAUAAACAAAAUGAGUGCCUUUUUUAAUUUUAACCUGCACUAUGAAGAUGAAAUGUGGGUUUUUUUGGAAUGUGGUUUAUGAAAGGUAGUGCUGUGAUAAGGUAUAAUUCAUUGAUAAUGUUUAUAAUUAUAGAACCAGGGAUGCAAAAGCCACAUGUGUUGUAUAUCAUAAGCGUAGAAUUCACUAUAGUCAAGUGAAGAGUGAGGAGGGUAAAUGCCAUACUCCUCGAGCCCUCAACUUUAGAGCCAUUGAGUGGCAAGAGGAUGUCCACCAUGCAGUGAAUGGACAUCUCAGCAUUCAGGGAAGGAAGAGAGGGGUGGGCCCAAAUAAUUUGCCUAUGAGACCUUGACAGUGACUAUCUGACAGGAACAUCACUGUCAGUGUGAAGAUGUUGUUAUCUAUAUAGUUUAUACUGCAUAAAAUAUUAAAGGAUAUAUCAAAUACACA